AAUGGUGAUUCAAAAACCUAAUUAGCCCAAAGAAAAUCUUUCCACAAAUGCUUCUCAUGACAAAGGUAAUGGUAAUACAGAUAACCAGAAUGCCCAGCCAAUUGUUCGACAAGGAGACACGCCUUUGCAUAUUGCAGCAAGGAAUAAAUAUGAGCACAUGGUAAAUUUGUUGCUGAAAGUGCCUGAGGUGAACAAGCAUGCCUGGAACAGCGAGGACAAAACACCGUUGAAUAUUGCAAGAGAAGUCACGGAGUACCAUGAAUCUUUCAGGAUUAUAAGCAAGCUGUCAGAUUAUGGAAGGAAGGCGAAGCCAUUCAUGUACUGUGCGCCACAGGUGAGCCAUAAAAAGCUCAUGGAAGCGAGGAAAAUGGUUACCGAAGCCUACGAAGCCAGACGUAGUGCAGAAUUAGUGGUGGCAGCUCUGUUGGCCUCCAUGACAUGUGCCGCUGCCUUCUCUGUCCCAGGAGAUUUCUCAGACAGCGAUGAAAUAAAAGAGCUAGGGAGCCCUAAUCUUAUUUCCCUCAUUUCCUUUAAGCUCUUCAUUAUUUUCGACUGCAUAGCCUUUUUUCUCUCUCUCUUCGUUUGUAUAAUGUGGGAGAUGACUUCAGAGCUUACUACAGCGGACAAGAUGUUGUUCAUGACUGUCAACAGUUUAGUAGUUUGCUACAGCUUUGGCUUCACCGCUUAUGGGUUUAUGUGUGCAGUGUACGCGAUGCUUGCGCAUAAGGUUAAGACCUUCUCUUGGGUGGUUUUGGGAAGUCUCAUAGCCAUUACUUUCUGUGGCGUUGUCGCAUUCAUCCAUCAAUCGAUACAAUUUUCAGUGACGCGGGCCAGAUUUCACCGCCUUUGCGGUGUAUCAUGUUUUUACGAUGAUAUUGUUGAAAAGUUAUGGUCUGGAGUUGAACAUUGUGGGCUUCUCGAGCUUUUCCGUUCAGGUGAUGAAGUUUCCCGUGAUAUAAUCACUGGGCAUGUCAAGUUCAGGGGGCAGCAUCAUGAACAUGAAGAUAGCUAUGUUUAGCUAUUGCUGAACAACCUUCACGACGGUUCAUUACCUACUUCCUGCUGUCUCUUUCUCCAAUACAUUGGCUGUAAUUCGCAGAAUAUUUUAACUUCUUUCUUUCCUUGCUGUCCACUGUACUGCUUUCUACCCUGCAGUAAUUUAAUCCAUCAUUCGGUAAGUUUUUAAAACUUGUAUUA